CGUUUUUAAAAAAUUCCCGCAAAAUAACAGACGACAAACCAUCCAUCCAUCCAUCCAGCGCAUCAUCCACCACCACCACAUACACUCUCUCUAUAUAUAUAUAUUACACGUCAUUCUCCCUCUCCCCUCUUCCGCCGCCGGCAAUCUCUCUGUCUAGGGUUUCUUUUCUCCGCCGCCGGCGACGAUGAUCCCUUACCAAUCUCUUCACGACGCCGAGAUCUCCCUCGGUCGUAAUCUCACCUUCGCCGAAACCCUAUGGUUCAACUACUCCGCUACCAAAUCCGAUUACUUUCUCUUCUGUCAUAACAUUCUCUUUCUCUUCCUCAUCUUCUCCCUCGUUCCUCUUCCUCUCGUUUUUCUCGAAAUCAAACGCUUAUACCCCUUCGAUGAGUACAAGAUCCAACCCAAAGUUCGUUUAUCUCUCCAUGAAAUGCUUAAUUGCUAUAAAGAUGUCCUGAAAAUGUUCUUCCUUGUUGUUGGUCCUCUUCAACUCAUUUCUUACCCUUCCAUCAAGAUGAUUGGAAUUAGGACAGGAUUGCCGUUACCGUCUGGAUUUGAGAUACUAUCGCAAUUAUUGGUGUAUUUUUUGGUGGAGGAUUAUACGAAUUACUGGAUCCAUAGAUUUCUGCAUAAUAAAUGGGGUUAUGAAAAGAUUCAUCGAGUUCAUCAUGAAUAUCAAGCUCCGAUUGGAUUUGCGGCGCCUUAUGCACAUUGGGCGGAGAUCUUGAUUUUGGGGAUUCCAUCUUUUCUUGGACCGGCUAUGGUUCCUGGUCACAUGAUUACGUUUUGGUUGUGGAUUGCAUUGCGCCAAGUUGAAGCCAUUGAUACACACAGCGGGUAUGACUUCCCCUGGAAUCCCACAAAAUACAUUCCAUUUUAUGGUGGCGCUGAGCAUCACGAUUACCAUCAUUAUGUUGGAGGACAAAGCCAGAGCAAUUUUGCAUCAGUUUUCACAUAUUGUGAUUACAUCUAUGGAACAGACAAGGGUUUUCGGUAUCAGAAGAAGAUACUUCAAAAGCUGAAGGAAGAUUCGACAAAUGGUGCUGCGCAGAAUGGAAGAUCAUACAGUGAACAGGAAAAUUAUAAAUCUGAAUGAUACAGAAGCUUUUUAGGUGGUUUAUGUUGUAUGUUGGUCUUUUGAAACUACCAAAAUUUCUUGUAGACAUAUAAAUAGUACUAGUAAAAUAGAUGUCUUUGGUUAGCUUCAGGAUGAAGACUAGUAGAACAGGGCUUUACGAAUUGUGAUUUUGUUUUACAAGAGUGGGUUGGGGAAGAAAUUUUUAUGGUGUCAUGUUUUGGAAUUCGAACAUUCGGUUUAGCUUCAUGUCUAUGUAAGAAUGAUCAUUUCCCUGUGGAUUGUAAAUUCUGGCAAUGUGAAACAGACUUCCUCCUCUGGGUUGCAAUUCAAAAAGCAUAAUAAAAUUUGGAAGUUCAGUUUUAUGUAA